AUGCUGAAGCUCUCCCGUCCUUUUCUCCGCGCUUUCGGUACAUGCUCCUCUUCUCCUAAUUCGCAUGCCGAUUCGAUACUAAAUUGCAGGAGUCCUGCAGAAGCACUGGAAAUCUUCAAUUCCGCAACGAAACAAGUCGGCGCGAGAAAGGAUUUUCAGCUGUAUUCAGCGAUUACGCAUGUGUUGGUGAGUGCCAAGCUGUAUGUUAAAGCCAGGUUGUUGAUAAAAGAGCUCAUACAGGAUCUUCAGAAGUCCUGUAAGUCUCGCCGUGCCUGUGAGUUGGUUUACAAUGCGCUUAGCGGUUUGGAAAGGUCUAGAGUGUCUCGGAAUGUGUUUGGAGUUUUGAUCAAUGCGUUAUCUGAGAUGGGUCUUGUGGAAGAGGCUUUGCGAGUGUAUAGUAAUAUGGGGGUGUUGCCUGCAACUCAGGCUUGUAAUGCGCUCUUGGAUGGAUUGGUGAAGAAGGGUCAGCUUGAUUCGAUGUGGGAGCUUUAUAAUGAUAUGGAGUCUCGAGGAUUGUCACCUAGUUGUGUUACAUAUGGUGUGUUGAUUAAGGGUUGUUGCAGAAAAGGUGAUCUGUUGAAUGCCCGUAAGGUGUUCGAUGAAAUGCCUGAGAGAGGGAUUGAACGGACAGUUGUGGUGUAUACUUCUCUUAUUCGUGGCAUGUGCACUGAGGGUAGAAUGGAGGAAGCUGAUAGCGUUUUUCAGACGAUGAGGAAAGAUGGUGUGAUCCCAAAUUUGUGGACUUACAAUUGUCUGAUGGAUGGGUAUUCCAAAGUGGCUGAUGUUAGACAAGCUCUUGUGUUGUACUCGAACUUGAGAGGUGAUGGCUUGCAGCCGAAUGUUGUCACGUUUGGUAUCUUAGUUGAUGCAUUUUGCAAAGUAGGUGCACUCAUGGCUGCGAGGAGCGUUGUAGGGUGGAUGGUUAAGUUUGGUGUUGCGCCUAAUAUGUUUGUGUACAAUGCUUUGAUUUAUGGUUAUCGUAAGGUCGAAGAUGUUUUGCAGGCAGUGAAUUUGACAUUGGAGAUGGAAAAGUAUGGUAUUCUUCCGGAUGUGGUCACUUACAGCAUACUAAUUACGGGUCUAUGUUCCAUUCAUAGAGUGGAAGAUGCAUAUCAGUUGUUGAAAAACAUAAGGAAGGGAGUUGCUGCAAAUGCUGUUACGUACAAUUCACUAAUCGAUGGGUAUUGUAAAGAUCGCAAUAUGGAGAAGGCUUUGGAGGUGUGUUCUGAAAUGACCAAAAUUGGUAUAGAACCGAAUGUCAUCACCUUCUCUACUUUGAUCGAUGCUUAUUGCAAGAUGAGGAACAUGGAAGCUGCUAUGGGUUUGUACUCGGAAAUGUUAGUUAAAGGCCUUUUGCCUGAUGUAGUAGCUUACACAGCUUUGAUAGAUGGCCAUUUUAAAACCGGGAACGUGAAAGAGGCUUAUCGGCUGAGUAAAGAGAUGUUGGAGGCAGGCCUCACCCCAAAUGUUUUCACUCUUAGUUGCUUGGUAGAUGGCCUUUGUAAAAACGGAAAGACUUCUGAUGCAAUCAACCACUUUUCAGAGAUAACUAAAGUCGAUUCCAACACAGAUGUUACCAAGGAUAUGGAUGGCUACUUCUGUUCCCCAAAUUAUGUGACUUAUACGGCUUUAAUUCAGGGUCUGUCUGUAGACAGCCGGAUUUUCGAGGCAACUAAGUUCUUUUUGGAUAUGAGAGUCAGUGGUUUGAGACCAGAUGCAUUCACUUACAUUGUAAUGUUGAAGGGGCACUUCCUAGCGAAGCAUGAGCUUGGCAUCAUGAUGCUGCAUGCAGAUAUGACGAAGAUGGGUAUUAUUCCCAGUGCAGACAUAAGUCCAGUUUUAUGUAGGGCAUACCAAGAAAUCGGUGACUUAAAAUCAGCAGCGAAGAUAUUCUGA